GUCCGAUUCUCCGUGUCUGUGGACUGUGGCUUUCAUCGUGGAGAGAAGACAAAAAGAAGGAUAAAAAAGAACAGAAGGAAAGAUGAUCGAAGUGGUGUUGAACGAUCGGCUGGGGAAGAAAGUUCGGGUUAAAUGCAACGAAGAUGAUACCAUUGGAGACCUGAAGAAGCUGGUUGCAGCCCAGACAGGGACCAGAGCCGAUAAGAUCAGAAUUCAGAAGUGGUACACCAUCUACAAGGAUCACAUCACCCUCAAAGACUAUGAAAUUCAUGACGGCAUGGGCCUCGAGCUCUACUACAACUAGUUGGUUAUCACCAUGUCCAUACACAGAAGAAAGCACCUAUUGAGUCUGUCAUCCGUUGGGAGACUUUAGCCAUAAAAAUACAUAUGACUUUAAAGGGGCGUGCAAAGUAGCAUCAAUGUCUUCCUGUCUUUAUUACAUGGACGUGAUAGUGUUCUGAGCUUGGAAACUCAGUAUGACAGUAUUGGCUAUAUCAAUAUUCAAUAAUACUUCAUUUCUUACUUUA